AUGACCCACGACUCCCCCACCACCUCUUUCCCCCCGAAAAUGAUCACCCCCGAUGAGCUGACGAAGAGGACGGGCACGCUGUAUUGGAAGCUGGACUGCCUCGACCCGAUCGCGUUGUCGAAGCGGAUCACGAUGAUGAAGCUUGAGCGCGGGUUCAACAAGGAGGACAUCUACACCCUGGAUGCCGCCACGACCGCGAAUUUUGAUGAUAAGAUCGAGGAGCUGUUCGAGGAGGCGUCUUGCGUUGAGGAUCAGGCCCGCAUGAUCAUCGAGGGAUCCUCGUACUUUGAUGUCGAAGAUAAGAACGGAGCCUGGGUUCGAAUUCUGUGCGAGUACGGCGACCUGAUCCUCAUCCCCGCCAAGGUCAACUACCGGUUCACCACCACACAUAAGAACUUUGUGAAAAUCCGCCGCUUCUCGAAGCUGACGGAGGAUUGC